GUUUCGUAUUUCGGAUUUUCCAUUGCAUUUAAAAUGGAGGUAGAUAUUGUCGUCUCAUGUGUUUUGAUUUUUUCAUUUACUUUUCUGUGUCCAUACGUUUGUGGAAACCGUUUUGAAGAAGUGUCAUCAUGUCCAUCAGAUGGAGUAGAAUGGAGAGAACGAGCUCAGAGUAAACAAUGUAAAAUUCCUAUACCUGAUUUCAUGUGUGCAGCCAUUGAAAACCAACCUGGGAGGUUUGGGGAAAUAUGUACCAUUGUUGGUCUCUCGACUGCAGGUUUUUGUGCGGUUUUGGAUGAAGACACCUAUAAUCUAAAUUACAUAAAAUGUGUCGCAGCUUCCGGUUGUCCGACUACCGCAUACAGAUCUUCUGAAGUCUAUAGAUACGAAGCAUGCUAUAGAAGUGAAACUUCUACACCUUCAACGGAUACCGUCAUACUAAACAAGCUUAUCACGACAAGGAUGCAUAUUGCAGAACAAGUUGGAUCCUUCAAUGCAGUCACUUUUUCUACAUUUAUCAUAUACAUAUGUUUUAUAUUAGUGUUUCUUGUUAUAUUUAUCUUUUGGACAAAAAGAAAACUAUUCAAACACAGAGAAAGUUCAGAAAAUCUGUAUAAGAAUGGGAACAGGAUUUCACUGUUGGGAAAUAAUAUGAAAUCUCGACUUGUUGCUUUCUGUCAUGAAGAUCUAGACAGCCUUAGAUAUAAAAUAGUCACGCAUUCUGAAUCAUUAAAGCAUCACUUCAAGGAAACAUUAUGUGACCCGAUGGUUUAUAAUGAAGAUGAUAUGAAGAAAUUCGAUUUAGAUGUCGUAUACAUACUGCUAACAAAUUUUUGUGACAUACCAAGUCCGGAUAAUGGCUGGGGAAACAUGCCAAGAGAUGGAGACCUUUCUUUAGGGGCGGACAUAGAAAGAGUACGGAUCUUGGUCAACGAAUAUUUAGAUAAUAAAACUUUAAAUGUUGAAGAGGCUGAUCAGAUACUUGGAAGAUGGGGAAAUCUUUCCGGAGAGAUCAUUCAGGAUGAUUACAAAGAGUUUUGUCCCGAGAAAAAAAUCAUUUAUGUGAAAGUAAUGCCAAACAAUAUCUUAGAGGAUGGAGUUAUUGUAACACAGGGUAUUGCAAAUAUUUUGGAGAAAAUGAAAUCAAAAAAAGUUGUUAUCUGUCAUGGUGCCAUAGGGUGCGGCAAAACAACCGCAUUGGAGUAUGUAACAAAAAAGUACAAGGAGGAUGGAUGGACUGUAGAGUGGAUGGAGGAAUCAUUUGACGAACCUUGCAUUGAUAGAAUCCCAAAGCACGUCAGAGAAAAAACAGUCAUUUGUAUUGACAAUUUGUUUGGCGUAUUUGGAUGUCAAGUGUUUGUGAAUGAUUUGUUCAACAAAUUUAAAUGGUUCAUGCGCGAAAUUGUCAAUUGGGGAAAGCAACCAAUCGUUUUGCUUGGCAUUCAUCAGCAUGUGUUUGAAGAUAUAUCCCCCGAAAACAACCCUUUUCCCAAAGAUAAAAGUUUUUUCAUAGACUUGGACAAAAUGUCGCAAUCUGAAGCAUUACAGAUAUAUAAAUUACAGCAAGAAAAUAAUAAAAGCAAACAGGGUGAUAUUUCAGUCGAAGAUUUUUUAAGGCUGAUUGAACAGAGAUCGAGUGAGGUUGGAACACCUUUCCAGACGCUGAUGAUAUCAGCAGCUCCUGGUGUCUUUGGAAACAAAUGGUUCUGCAGCCAACCGUUCCAGACAUUGACUGAGCAUUUCAACUGUUUAUACAAUACUGAGAGAGAACUGUUUUGUUCUCUUUUUUACAUUAUGUGCGUGACGAUUUUUAAUCCUAGAGCGGACGAACUGGACAUGGAUGUGGUUAAUGCAAUAAGUACCUCUUUAAACAGAAACACCAUAGCUUACUACCUAUCACAAUUAGCCCCUUAUACGCAUGAUGAUGGUAACGUUAUAGAAAUAAAACACGAUCUCAUUACAAUUGCAUUGAUUCAUGCAUUGAUGAGAAAAUCGGAGAAUCUUUGGACAGUUUUAAAAGUUUACGAUAACACAAGAACUUUAGAACUUGUGCGUCCUGAUGACCGAUAUUCCAGACAUCAUAAAUUUGCUGUUCCUUUAAAAAGAGAAAUGUUUACAAAAGCACUGUCCAUUUUAGAGGAAAAAACGUUUUAUGAAAAUUAAACAUUUACUGUAUACUGUAAAUAUAUGCCUGUCCUGAUUUGAUAUUAACAAUGCUAUAUUAUUAAAACGUAAUUUAUUUUCUUUAAGCCCAGUCAGGUAUGAAGAAAACUUAUUUUCGACUUGCUAAUCUAAUAAUAACUUAACAUCAUCUUUUAAUAUAUCAUUUCAAAAACAAAAU